AUGAGAAAUAACAGUGGUACAGUCGUUCACUCACCUGAUGUGAGUACUAUUGGGUUAAUCGUGCAGUUUAAUGACACUCCUAGGAUUGCCCAGUAUAUCAACAUAAAACAAGCGUUUACUAUAGACGUGAUGACUAUUUGUGAAGUUGAAGUAUUUGGAGCAAGAUGCCGCACCGGCAAUUAUGGCGACAAAUGCUCAAGCAAUUGUAGUCAACAGUGUAUCGCUGAUGAAUGUCACCAUGUCAGUGGAAUGUGCAACCUUGGAUGCAAGCCUGGUUAUACUUUUCUGAUCGACCCAAAGUGUAAAACUCAAUGUCCAGGUGACACGUACGGUUUCAUGUGCCACAGCAGCUGCAGUAAGAAAUGUAAAUAUGGAUGUAAAAAAGUUGAUGGUGAAUGCAAUUGCUGUGUGGACGGCUGGACUGGACAGUUUUGCGAUGAUAAGGAGGAGCAGAAGUUUACCAUCUCUGAGGUUGCCGUGGUGGCUGGAGGGUCGCUUGGAGGUUGUCUUCUCCUUCUCGGACUGGUGUUUGCUUGUGUUCUUGGAUAUAGACGAUACAUGUCGGCAUCGAAAACAAAAGACACAACUUGCGUUGUGCCGGACAGAAUAUAUGCUAACACUGGGAGAGGAUACGAAGGCCCCUAUGAAAUGCCACUUAAAAACAGCAAUGAGCAUAUCUACCAGACAAUCCAAAACUGACACGUGUCAAGAAUUGUUCUCUUUGUAAAUAUGCGAAGAAAAUAUUACUUUAUUUCAAUUGAACUGCAACGUGUGUGUGUGCUCUAGAGGCAAGUAUACUUAU